AUGGCGUCGCUGGAAUCUCAGUUGGCGAUAAAGGUAUCUGGUCUGCCCGAAGUAGGAAAUCGACCCUGUUUACUCUCUCUUGAUGGUGGUGGCGUUCGCGGACUCUCCUCACUGCACAUCUUGCGAUAUAUCAUGACCAAGGUCAAUGAGAAUAGAAGUGGCGAUGCACUUGUCAAACCUUGUCAGAUCUUCGAUAUCAUUGGAGGAACAAGUACUGGAGGCUUAAUUGCAAUCAUGCUUGGCACGCUCGGCAUGGACGUCGACGAGUGCAUAAAGGCAUAUGACACUCUGUUUGAGCUCGAUGUCAAGUCUGCUUUUAGCUCCAAGGCUUUACGAUCGGCUGUCACGGAAAUUGUCACAAAGAGUGGUCGGAAGCCGGAUGCAAAAUUCAAUGAAGGGAUCGACCAUAAAUGCAAAACCUUUGUUUGCGCAACGUCUGAAGAUACAUCAAACACCAGACUCCUAAAGGACUAUGAUAUACCUGGGAAGCCGCGUCAAAACCAGGGUAUGACCAUUGUAGAAGCUGCAAUGGCCACUUCCGCGGCGUUGUCGUUUUUUGAUUCUGUCGAAAUUGGCGAUCAAAUAUACUUGGAUGGAGGUACUGGUGCAAAUAACCCGGUUGACCGCGUCUGGAAUGAAGCUCAAGCACUCUUUGGUGCAGAGGAUGGCAAGAUCGACAAUGUAGUUGGAUGUAUCCUGUCAAUCGGAACUGGAGACCCUGGAAUCCAUUCGUUUUCAAAAAACGCCUGGAAGGUCCUAACGGAAACAUUGCGCAACCUUGCAACAGAGACGGAGGCCACAGAACGUCGAUUUUCCAGUACACAUUCUUACUUAACUGCGUCAACGCCACGCUACUUCCGUUUCAAUGUUCAGCAGGGCCUCCAAAGUGUUGGACUAGCAGAAUACAAGGAGGCUGGGAAGAUUAAGACUGUGACAGAGGAAUAUAUGGAUCAUCGGAAUAAGGAGCUGGAAGUGUUGAAGAUUUCGGAAAUAUUGAGGGCCAAGAACUCGGCUGCACUACCAAACAUCAAACAACUAGUCACUCCCCGAAAUAUAGAGUUAAAGGACUUCAUUGGCCGGACCGCAGAGCUUGACCAACUUUCCGACGCUUGUAAUGUCAAUGGAAGCGCAGAUGACAAACCUCGGAUUGUCGUUAUUAGAGCGCUAGGUGGCCAAGGCAAGACGCAGCUAGCCCUCAAAUACUGUUACCAGAUGCGAGGUAAAAUGCCGGUACUUUGGGCUGACGCUCAAACAAGCAAGACUUUGAAGAAGGAUCUUGCAUCGUUUGCCCCUUUACUCAAUGUGUCUAUUUCAGACAAUGCGGAUAUUGAUGCUCAAGUCGAUGAUACCCUUACAACCCUCCAAGACUUUCCUACGCCAUGGCUCAUGGUUUUCGAUAAUUGCGACGAUCCAGAUUCGUUUAACAACAUCGACCACCUCAUGCCUUCAUGUAGCCACGGAAUCAUAGUCAUCACAACACGACACGAGAAUACUUUGAAACUUGGGGGUGAAGAUUUUAAGAUGAGCCUAGACUCUCUCCUCGAAAAGGAUGCAAUUGAGCUACUUGAGGUAACAUCUAAGGGGAAAGAUCGCAAGGGCCAUGAUCUAUCGACCAAGAAGGACAUCGUGAAUAGGCUUGGAAAACAUGCUCUGGCCGUUGCUCAAGCUGGAGCAUACAUUCGGGACAGGAAGAUUUCGUUACGAGAUUUUCGACAGCAAUUUGAGCAGCAAAAGAGACGCGUUAUAGGUGACAAAUCCGAGGGCAUGAACGAGUAUAGGAAGAAGUUGUCAGACAACACUGAAGUUGAGACCUCGAUGAAUGUCUUCACAACUUUCGAACUUUCGUAUAGUCAACUGAGCCGUCGCGGGGGUGGAGUUGCCUACCAUUCAGCAGACGUUUUGACUCUACUCGCAUUUUUUGAAUCCAAGAGUGUUUCCGAAAACCUGAUGAAAUCAUAUUGCGAACAUGAAGACGCGGAGCUCAACAUAGAAGAUUCCAUUUUGAAACCUGAGGCUUCGAGCAAACCUGGGGUUUUCUUAACCCAUCAUGCUAAAGCAUGGGAUUCUGACGACUAUUGCGAUGUUCUGAUUUUGUUGAGCAAGUUGUCGUUAACCCAGCCUUUUACUAGGCAUGAAAACAACCUCUGUAUCGUGUCUCUUCACCCACUUGUCAGAGACUGGAUCAGGAUCCGAACAGACGACAUCAACUGUCAAAAGUAUGCAUCUUUCGCAGGAACAUGUAUUUACCGACUUCUGGACUUGACACCACAUCCUAACAACUUUUACGCUUUGAGUCUACCCAAAACACAGGAACUCCAGGCCCACCUCAAUAUCCACGCGACUGAUCGUUCUGGACUAUCUAGCAAGGGAUUGGUGCCAGUUUACAAAACACCGCCUCGAAAUAUUGGGCGGCCAGAACUUCUUUUCGGAUUUUUAACAGAUAACAACGGCGAAUAUAACAAAUGUCAAAUAGGAAAUGUCCCUAAUACAAAAGCGCCUUACUAUACUCAUAGAGCUAUUUUGUCAUCACAGAACGCACUCGCCUGUGCAUAUCAAGCCAACGGACAGAUCUUAGAGGCUGUCAAGCUCCUCGGGAACUGA